AUGGCUGCUCGAGUUCUUCCUGAAUGCUGGGGUCACCGUGGAGCCUCUGCUGCAUUCCCCGAAAACACCCUGGCAAGCUUCGAAGCUGCCAUGCGCGACGGCGCCGAGGGUAUCGAGAGUUGGACCGGCGAUAUGGAAAACGUGCGAACCGUUCGAGAGCCCAAGCAGGCAAUCCCGACGUUUGAACAGACGAUUGAACUGUUGAUGCGUCCGGAUAAUAGGCAUGUCACGUUUAAUGUCGAUGUCAAACCACAUAACGACCCCGACCGUCUUUUCAAGCUCAUGCACACGAUCAUUUCCGCGCAAGAGGACUGGGAAACUACUCUUGCACCUCGUAUUCUCUUGGGCCUCUGGCAUCCCAAGUUCAUCGAACCCGCUCAACGUCUCUUGCCCACUCUACGCCGUGCCCACAUUGGUCAAAACCCACACAUUGCGCGACAAUACUUUUGGGAAUCGUGCGAGAGCUUUUCGAUUGAUUUCAGCAGUUUGAGUUCGGCCGAGGGAGAAAAGUUCCGCAAGGAAUGUAAAGCAUCUGGAAAAAAGCUUCUCGUCUGGACGGUCAACCGUCGCGAGGAAAUGAUUGAGGCUGCCAGGUGGGGUGUAGAUGCGAUUCUCACGGACGUCACAUCUGUCUGGCUCGAGCUGCGUAAGCAGCUUCAAGCCGAUUUUGAAACGACGUCCAAGUCCAACUCGCGCUUGUUCCUCUGGACUCGAACAACAUACUAUUACCCCGCGAGGAUGUUUGCUUGGUCAGUGCCCCACUUUUAA